GCAACACAUGAAAUAUCAAAGUAAAACAGUGAAGAGUCUGAGAGGAAACCACCAUUACAACUGUCGAAUCUUGACCAGAAGAAAAUAAGUUGUCCCAGAAGGCUGUGAGCUCUCCUAACAUGAUGCCUACAGCUAAAGGCAUGUCCCAAAUGAUACCCAAUCAUGUUCUGAGAGUCGGCCAAACUAUCCGCCUGGACUCAGCGGCGCAGGAGACAGUCAAUCAGCAUCCCACUCUCACGGAGCCCGGCAGCCCAGAUCUUGAUGUUUCCCUGGAUAAUCUCAACCAGCUCAUCCUGGAACUGGAUCCAACAUUUGAACCCAUUGAGGUCAACAAAAGUCCCUUGUGCAUCAGCCCUCCUACAGACGACUCAGAUGAAGAUGUCUCCCACUGCACGUUGGUCCCUCGAGGAUGUCCUCCCUGCUUCCUGCCCACCGUGGUCCAAUGUGUGUCACCCAGCAUACCCAUCCCCACACAAAGCAGUGUCAGCUGCAGUCCCCACGGCACGCUGGUGUUCUCCAGCUCCCCGACAUCCUCCCUGCCUCCGCUGCCGUGUGGAAGUGUACCCCGACGGAAUCACUCAUCGAAGUCCGAUGUCACCUUUUCCCAAGGAGGCCUGCGCUUGUCCAACAGAAACAGCACCGUCUCGCUCCUCUCCAUGUCAACAUGCUCAGACACCAGCUACAUCCUCGGCAGCAACCUGUCCCUGACCAGCGAAGACAUCGACUCUCCAGAGUCCAUCCUCACUCACACGUCCGACUCCUUCAGUCCGGGCUCCUUCAGUGACAGGUCCAGAAUGUCGCCGUUUGAUAACGUGCAGAGCCAAGACAAGCCCCCGCUGUUUAGACGAGGACAUCAGGAGCUUCACGGCAAAGGAGCGCAGAGCAGUCCUACUUUGCUCUCUAGCUCUUUGAGCGAUAUUCCUGUACUGUUAGUCAACGGUGUACCAGAGCCAGAUAUGCACAUCCCGUCUCCUGGACCAGAGGUUGACUUGAUACAAACUAUGCUUAAUGUGUCCAACCCAAAGCCAGUUUCUCCUCACAGUUUCCAAGCCCGUUUUAAUGGCAGCCAGCCCUCAAUGAAGUUUGUCAUGGAUACUUCAAAGUUCUGGUUCCGUCCACAUAUUAACAGAGCAGAAGCUGAUGCCCUGGUAAAGGACAAGGAAGCAGGAGCAUUUGUGGUGAGAGACAGCACCUCCUACAGAGGCAGUUUCGGUCUGGCUAUGAAGGUGGACCAAACGGACGCCAACUCCAUCGCUACCGCCUACCCAGGAGAGAGCAGUCCAGAUGUUGUCAGACACUUCCUUAUUGAAUCAUCACCUAAGGGUGUACGCAUCAAAGGCUCUUCUCAGGAACCAUACUUUGGUAGUCUCUCUGCCCUGGUCUACCAGCACACUAUUUCUGCCUACGCUUUGCCCUGCAAAUUACUGCUCCACUCCCAAGAUGUGGGCGCAGCAGGAGACAGAGCGAGUUACAAACCAGCAUCAGAGGACAAGAGUAAAACAGCUUGCAAUUUCAUCUACCUGAAUGCUGUCCCCACUGAGACGCUGACGGGCCCUUGUGCAGUGAAGAAGGCGGUGUUCUCGACAUUUGAGAAGGCCCCGGGUUCCUUCACACCAACCAUAGUCAACCUGAAGGCGUCUCUGAAGGGUGUUACGCUGACAGAUAUUAACAGGAAGCUCUUCUUCAGACGCCAUUAUCCUGCUCACCUGCUCAGCUACGGCGGUGAAGAUCCAGACAAUCGACUGUGGAUGAGAGGUUGCAGUUUUGGUGCAAGGAUGUUUGGCUUCGUGGCGAAAGGUAUUGAGGCUGGCAUGGAGAAUGUAUGCCACGUCUUUGCAGAAUAUGACCCCCUGCAGCCUUGCGACAAAGUCAUCGAGGUUAUUCAGGCUGCCAUAGCCAAGCCAUAGACACACGAGGGACUGAGACAACAUGAUACAGCAAGGGCUCUUAUGCCCCUACCUACACUGUCUGUCUUAUACUGUACUUUUCUCAAGUAACCUGUCCAGUAUGGUGGUCAUCGUAAGUCUCUACUGCUAUUGUUAAACUGGACAAGUUACGGCAUCUGCCGGAUUACAACAGCAGAAAAAUCUGCUUUAGAAGUGCUUAUAGGACGACCCAGACUCAUACCUUGAGGUCACAUGAUUAAAGUCAUAUUGAAAAGACGGGUGUAACUUCGGCAUAUAUGAAGAUAUACAAGACUGAACAGCGUUCAAGCAAGAACAGACGAGGAACAUAUGAUUGUAAUUAAAUGGCACGCUGCUAUUGUUAAAAUAAUUUCCAACCAGUUUGUAAAAAUGUUUAAACAAACUCAACAAUAUUUUUGUAAUACUUAAUAUAUGAAUAUGAAAAAGAAUUUCAAUGUAAAAUGUUAGGUGUUAGAAAUCAACACCUGACAUAGAGCUUAGGGCAUGGUAAAGCACUUGAUUGUCUUAUUUCUUAAUGUAGAAUGAUUCAGAUGUAAACUGAGGUGUAAAUCUGCACUAGCCGAUCCUUUUAAAUAUAGCGAUGAGGGAUUUUGAAGGUUCUGUUAGUAAUAGCCUAGAAGAACUGACUGAAUAUUGUCAUGUCCUUUCAUUUCAAAGCAGAAACUUUGCAUAUAUACCCUAGUUGUAUAGUUCAGAAUGUAUUUAUUAUACUGCACUGUAAACAAUUUCUUCUCUGUAUAUUCAUAUAUUUUUUUCAAAUUGUUAUGAAAAAUAAACACGUUGAACUGUUA